AUGGGGGUCACUACGUGUACCGAAACAGAAUACCCUCUGGAACCUCUUCCAGUAGACUCACAAGUACAAUCUGCAACUGCGCUUGAUACAACACCCACCAGCCCACUGGCCGAAGCAGAAGCUGGCGAUGACGAAAUUAUCGGAAAAAAGCGACCAAAGACAGUAGCUGUAGUGACAGUUUGCGCUACUGGAUUGAACGCGAUACUGUCUAGCCUUGUCAUCAUCACCUUUCCGAAAAUAGCGUCUGAUUUACGAUUAGGGCCUGAACUCCUGACAUGGCCAAUAUCCGUGUACGCUCUGACCUGUGGCUGUACACUCCUUUUGCUUGGAUCCAUAGCCGAUAUCGUUGGAAGUAGACCAAUGUAUCUGACUGGCAUGGUGCUUCAGACUGCUUUGAUUCUUGGCUGUGGUCUUGCGCAAAGCGCGGCGCAAAUUAUUACCUUCCGCGGCCUCGGCGGUAUUGCUUCGUCGUUCCUCCUCCCCACAUGUGUAAGCAUUGUUUCUGAAACUUUUCCAUAUGGCAAAGACAGAAACAUGGCAUUUGCUUUACUUAGCGGGUCUCAGCCCGUCGGAUUUGCUAUAGGCCUAUUGCUUGGUGGUGUGUUUCCAGACUGGAGAUGGGGUUUUCACUUUGCUGCCAUCGUCAGCGGUAUCGCUGGUGCUCUGGCUUUCUGGGCAAUCCCUCGCAAGAAGCCGAAGAAAAGGGCUGAUCUAUGGGUCCACUUGAAGUACAAGAUUGAUUGGGUUGGGAUCGCGAUUGGGAGCGCCUGUGUUGGUUUGCUUUCGUACGCGUUUACAACCAUAACGGAUCAUACAUAUUACAUCAAGAAGCCUGGCACAAUCACAGCUUUUGCACUUUCCGCGGUGUUAGCCCCAGUAUUCGUACUCUGGGUGGGUCGCCAGGAACGACUUGGAAAACCGGCAGUGAUUCCAAACUCACUCUGGCAUAAUCGCCUGUUCUCAUGCAUCUGCCUUGGCCUGUUUCUGACAUGGGGAGCUCUGACCAGCUGUGACUCCUACCAGAGUCUGUUUUUUCAAAACGUCCAGCAUCAUUCUGCUUUGCAGACUGCUUUACGCUUUUUACCUGGCGUAGUCUCUGCCGCGCUCAGUAAUCUGGCUGUAGGAUUUCUUGCCCAUAAAGUUCACAUUGGUUGGGCGAUAUCAGGUGGCAUGCUGCUGUCGUCUGUGGGUAUGCUUCUCAUGGCCAUUAUACAGCCUGAAUGGUCGUAUUGGGUCUGUGCAUUUUUUGCGGUCAUCCUCAGCCCCAUUGGCGGAGAUGCCCUCUUCGCGGUAUCGAACUUGGUACUUACAUCAUGUUUCCCCAAACAGAUGCAGGGGCUCGCGGGUGGCGUACUCAACACAAUCACACAACUCGCGAAAACGGUAGCAUUAGCAACAGCCGGCACUUUAGCAGGCAGCGUGACGUCUCAGACCCAUGAAGCGUCAAAAACAUCCCCUGCAGCUCUCAUGGAGGGUUACAGAGCCGCCUUCUGGUACUUUUUCGCCAUGACUUGCGCUACCAUUGUACUCUUCAUCUGGGGACUCAGAGGUAUUGGCAAGAUUAUGGCGAAGAAGGAGUAA